AGUGGCUCCAUAAGCGCUCACAGCGAGUAUUUUAGUAUCCUCUCAGCUUGGAAACUCUUCUUCCCUCAGAGUCUCAUCACUGGUGCAUCCCAAACUCAAAUGAGCGACUGGAAAAGAUUCAUAUAAAAAAGGCCACCAAAAAGGGUCCAGCCAUGGGGACGGGUUAUGGAUUACUUUGUCUUUUUGUAAUCUCGUCCUAUUUGGUCAUCGGUCAUGGCCAAAGAAUUGUGUGCACACAGGAGGCCAAAGCCGAUAUCGUGUUCUUAGUGGACGGCUCGGCCAGUGUUGGUCUAAAGAACUUCCAACAGAUUCGGGAAUUUCUCAUGUCCGUCGUGGCCAACUUUGACAUCUCUCCCAAUAAGGUCAGGGUUGGCAUGGUCCAGUUUAGCGACACACCAAAAAACGAGUUUUUCCUCAAAACCUUCAAGGAAAAGCAAGAGAUUCUCGAUUACAUUAAGCGAUUGCAGUAUAAGACCGGUGGCACCAACACGGGCUUGGCCUUGAAUUUUUUACUGAAAAACCACUUUGUUGAGCAAGCGGGGAGUCGGGCAACCCAAAUGGUGCCUCAGAUCGCUUUUGUCAUCACAGACGGAGAGUCCCAGGAUGAUGUCGAACCGUACGCUCAGGAGCUGCAGCAGAAGGGAGUCCAAGUGUACGCCAUCGGAAUCAAAGACGCUGACGAGAAGUUCUUAAAGAAGCUGGCUAGUCAGCCGUAUAAAAAUCAUGUGUACAGGGUGUCUGACUUCAACGCCCUCAAGGAAAUCUCACUGGGUGUCAGUCGUGAACUGUGCACCACCGUGGAAGAAUCACAAGGAGAGUGGCAAGAAUGCAGUGAGAUUGCUGAAGCGGACAUUGUUUUUCUAGUGGAUUCGUCCGACACCAUUGGAGAUACGAAAUUUGGAGAAAUCCGCCGUUUCCUCCAUAACUUUGUAGAGGGGCUCGACAUUGGCGAACAAAACGUAAGAGUUGGCCUUGCUCAAUUUAGCGACAGACCAGUGCAAGAGGUCGUAUUUAAUGGAGAGGAAGACACGCAGGAAGAUCUGCUCAAAAAGAUACUUGGCCUCACAUAUCACAAGGGGAGACCAAAAAAAACAGGGCACGCUCUUGACUUCAUUCGAGAGAGCUACUUCAGUGACCCUAAACAAAGCGCCGCAAAGAUUGCCAUCGUGAUCACGGACGGAGAGUCGAGUGACUCUGUGCAAGGGCCAGCUCAGGAGCUCCGCAAACAGGGAGUCGUUGUCUUCGUCGUCGAGACUGGACCGGCAAAUAAUGCCCAACUUCAAGCCAUCGCUAACAGUCCUCAAAAAGAAUUCUUGUUUAGUGUGGAAAAUUACCCAAAUUUACUAAGCAUAAUCGAGAAUCUACGCAGAAGAGUGUGUACUGCGGUCGAUGACCAAUUACGAGCCUUUUCCCUGAAGUUUGCUGAUAUAUUUUUCCUGGUGGAUAGUACAGCAUCAAGACCAGAAUCCCAACAAAUCAGGACCUUCUUGACACGACUGGUCAACCAGCUCUCUGUAGACAAGGAGGGUAACCAUGUUGGCCUAGCCCAGUUUAGCGACAAUGUAGAGGAGGAAUUUCUGCUUAAUACUAAUAAGAGCAAAAAUGAAAUCUUAUCAUACAUACGAAGCCUCCGGCUUAAGCCUAAAGGCGUGCGUAAAAUCGGAAAUGCAAUUGAAUACGCACGCCGUAACUUUUUCAAUACUUCAACGGGUAGUCGCAUCGCCCAAGGCUUCAAACAGGUCCUGCUGGUGACGAGCGUGGGGAAAUCAAAUGACAGCGUCAUUCGGCCAUCGCGCACAACUAAAAAGGAUGGAAUCCAAAUCAUCUCUGUUGGCUUGGGCAAAGCCGAAGUGGAUGAGCUGGAAGAUAUUUCUAGUCCGAAUCAAACCCACAAAAUGACGUCGCAAAACAUUCCGCAGGUGGUACAGAAAGUCAAGUCUGCGACUGAAUCGCAAGAUGUCGUCGGUAUUUCUCAGGACUGCAGAGCCGCAAGCAUCGCGGACAUUGUGUUUAUCGUCGACAAAUCUGGCAACAUGGGACCUGAAAACUUUCAGCUUGUCCGCAACUUCCUCAUAAACACCAUUUCAGGGCUGGAUGUAGGCAUUGACAAAGUGAGGAUAGCCAUCAUUCACUACAGCGAUGUCCCCAGGGCUGACGUUUAUUUGAACACGUUCAGCGACAAGAGUGAAAUUUUGCAAUACGUGCAGAGGUUGUCAUAUGGCAGAGGCAAAGCGUACACCGGAGCUGCUCUGCGGUUUGCAAAGGACUACAUGUUCACUAAAGGAAGAGGAAGCCGAGGUGAUGAACACGUUCAACAGAUUGCAGUGGUCAUCACAGACGGAUGGUCCGCAGAUGAUGUCACCAAUGUGGCGGCAGAGCUGCGUCGUUCAGGCGUUACCGUUUUCGCUUUGGGCAUUAAAAAUGUUAACAUACAAGAAUUGAAGGAGAUUGCUUCGUACCCACCCAAAAGAUUUGUGUUUAAUGUAGAAAGUUUCAUCGAGCUCAAUGCAUUGUCAAAAAUGUUAACAAAAAGCCUUUGUGGGGAUAUUACCGCUUCCUUCAUACCUAUAAUCAAAGAUAUCACUCUUCAGAAAGGCUGCCAGUUCACAGCUGAAGCCGACAUCUAUUUCUUACUUGACGAAUCAGGAAGCAUUACCUAUGAAGACUUUGACGAAAUGAAAGCUUUUAUCUUGGAGUUCCUUCACAUGUUCGAGGUCGGACCAAACAGAGUGCGCAUCGGCGUGGUCAAAUUCGCAAGCCACGCAACCACCGUCUUCCGCCUGGACACUUACAGCACAAAGUCUGAGGUGGAAAGAGCAGUGAAAGCUCUAAUAAUGGAUGGAGGUGGCACUAGAAUUGAUCUGGGCCUGGAAGCAAUGAUCCCGCUUUUCAGGCAGGCUUCGCAAACCCGCAAUGAGAAGGUGCGCGAAAUACUCAUCAUGAUCACAGAUGGCAAAUCGGAGGCGGUUGGAACGCCAGUGCAUAUUCCAGCUGAAGAACUAAGGAGCCAGAACAUCACUAUCUAUGCUAUUGGAGUGAAAGACGCCGACAUGGCCGAGCUGGAGGACGUCUCUGGGAGCCCCAAAAGGACGUUUUAUGUCCAAAACUAUGAUGCCCUUAAGCUAAUUAAAACCAAAGUCCUUAAGGAAAUUUGUUCAUUUGAAGCUUGUCAGGACCUAUUGGCAGAUGUUGUUUUCCUGAUUGAUGGUGCGGAUUCUGUCGAUGAGCAAGACUUUGAAAAGACAAAGGAACUAAUAGGAUUUGCCGUGGAAAAACUUCCAGUUAAAGCGCCCAGAGUGCGACUUGCAGUCGUUCAAUACAGCACACAAAUGCACGUGGAAUUAGCUUUAAAUGACUUUCACGAUAAAGACUCGUUACAUAAGACAAUUGCGUCCAUUCAUCAGCUUAAGGGCAACACCUACACAGGCAGGGCACUUCAAGAGGUUUUAUCAGUUUUUCAGGAGUCCAGUGGGGGACGUCCCAAGACCCUGCAGUUCCUAAUACUUGUUACAGACAGUAUGUCAAAAGACGAUGUAGUGCAGCCUUCUAAAGCUCUUAGAGAGCAGAACAUCAACAUUUACGCUAUCGGUUUGCAACACGCAAGUAAAUCUCAGUUGCUUGAUAUUUCCGGAUCUUAUGAAAGAGUCUAUCUAGACAACAAUUUUGCUUCCCUUCAGACCAUGGGUAGUGAGAUUAUUUUCAAGAUUUGCAAUACUGAGUGCAAAAGGCCUGAAUUGAUGGAUGUAAUAUUCCUGGUGGACGGCUCUGGCAGUCCCGAAAACCAAAAUUUCCAGCUGAUGAAAAAAUUAAUUGGGGCGGUGGUGAAAAAGGCAGAUGUUGGGGAGAAGCGAGUGCGCUUUGGAGUGAUCGUUUAUUCCGACCAGUCUAAAUCCGUGAUAAAUUUAAAUCAGUACAACAGCAAGGAGAAGGUUCUGGAAGCAAUCUCACAGAUACACGCUCCAGGAGGGAGAAGAAACACAGCCCAGGCUCUGAAAUCUGCCCUCUCCUACUUUGCCGCGGUACAUGGAGGACGGCGGACUAAUCAUGUUCCUCAGGUCCUCUGCUUGAUAACCAACGGUCCAGUUGCUGAUUAUGCUGGCCUUGCAACAUGGUCGGAAGAUCUUGCGAGUUCCGAGAUCAACAUGUUUGCAGUUGGGAUUGCAGAUGCCAAGGAGUCUGAGCUCACACGAAUUGCCAGCAAUACCGAAAGGGCCUACUAUGUGGACAACUACGAGGCGUUUAAAAUGCUGUACAAGCCGAUUUCUCAACAGCUCUGCAAUCUGACAAAGCCAGUGUGUAAAAAGGAGUUAGCAGAUCUGGUCAUUUUGAUCGAUGGGUCUGAAUCGAUUUCUGAGGAGAACUGGAAAGUUGUGAAAGGUUCCGCUAUCAACAUUAUCAAAAAACUGGAAAUUGCACCAAACAGAUGGCGAGUUAGCAUGGCUCAGUUUAGUGACAAAGUAUUAAAUCACUUCUACCUGGACAAAUACAGCAAUGCAGAGGGAGUGGAACAAGGCAUAAAAGCAAUUACCCAAAGGAAACAAGGAACAAAUACUUGGGAAGCACUGAGAGAAAUAGGCGAUUACUUCACACCUGAGCAUGGAAGCAGGAUAAAAGUGUCCCAGAGCUUGCUACUAAUCACAGAUGGCAAAGCUAAUGACAAAGAAGAUGCAAGUACACUAGCUAAUCUCAGAGCAAAACACAUUGAGGUAUAUGCUAUCGGGAUCGGGCAUGAUAUAAAUCACUAUGAGCUCAUCAAAAUUGCUGGGUCUAAAGAGCGGGUUUUCUACGAGACAUUUGAGAGUCUUCAACUGAAGACGACCACAAACAAACUCCUGGAGGCCAUUUGCACACCUGAUUUCAUACCAGAGUCUCCGGGAUGCACUAUUGACAUUGGCAUUGGAUUUGAAACGUCUCGCAGAACAAGCUCUCAGCCUCUACUCGGACCACACACGGAGUCCAUUGUUGCUGCAGCUAUUCAUCGCUUAUCCACGAUUGGUGGGCUCUGCUGCGUCAAUAAAGACAAAAUCGAAACCAAGUUUGGCUUUCUCCUUGUCUCUGGCAAAGACGGGAAAGUUAUGGAUGAUUUUAAUUUUGAAAAGUACGACCAAAACGUGGUCAAAAAGGUGCUCCAACUGCGACCCGCAGCCCCUACGGCGUUCAACGAGCUUCUUCUGAAUGCCGUCAAACAGAAAUUCACUAGCUCGCGGGCUGGAGUGAGGGUGGCUAUCCUGUUUACAGAUGGAUUUGAUGAUUCCAUGGAACGUCUAAAGGCGAGUGCAGAGAGCCUCCGUCUAAGUGGGGUAAAUGCACUGGUGAUAGUGUCUCUGAAAGACCAUGUAGACUACCAAGCUCUGGAAUUUGGACGAGGAUUCAGCUACAACAAGCCGCUUUCCAUUAACAUGGUGAACGUGGGCAACGCACUGCUGGAACAGCUCGAGACAGUGGCAUCAAGAGAAUGUUGCAAUGUGACGUGUAUUUGUGUUGGCGAUUUUGGCCAAUUGGGCGUAUUUGGGCCCCCAGGACUAAAGGGAAGAGCAGGACAAUUUGGUCAUCCUGGACUUCCUGGUGAUGAUGGGAUCUCGGGUGUAAGGGGUCAGCCGGGCCUGAACGGAACUCAAGGACACCAAGGUUGCGCAGGCAAAAGAGGCCUCAAGGGAGCGAUAGGUUACACUGGAAAUCGGGGAGAAGAUGGAGAGUUUGGUCUUACGGGUGUAAACGGUGAACAGGGUGACACUGGGAAAACCGGAGAGCCAGGACCAAAGGGAGAUGCAGGGCGCCCAGGUGUGAAAGGAGUUAGAGGAAGUUCAGGACCGAAAGGAGAUCGUGGUGUGAGAGGAGAUCCGGGCAUUCCAGGAGCAGACAGCAACCUACGAGGUCCGAAGGGUGAGCUGGGAUACCCGGGCUUUUCUGGGGACCAAGGCCCAGAUGGAGCUCCAGGUGCAUCAGGCGAGCGUGGAGAGAAUGGCUUUCUGGGGAAGAAGGGACCACCAGGGCUGCCGGGACCUUCAUCCGCUGCAAAAGGACAACCAGGACCACAGGGUCCCGCUGGGUACCCUGGAGUGCGGGGUUCUCCUGGGGAAAAUGGAUUCAAAGGAGAGAAGGGUGAUCAAGGUCUACCUGGAGUUCGGGGGCUGUAUGGUGCAGUUGGGGAUAAAGGGGCCAAAGGAAACCCCGGACGCCGAGGACCAAGAGGUCCGAUGGGUGACAUUGGCAAUAUAGGGGACAAUGGACCAGAGGGGUUCAGAGGACUACCGGGCAGCACUGGUGCUGAUGGUUACGGACCUCCAGGACGUAAAGGACAGAAAGGAAAUCCUGGUUUUCCUGGUUAUCCUGGUUUGCCGGGUGAAGACGGAAACAAAGGAUCCAGUGGAGUAAGAGGACCCAAAGGACACGGGGGACGUCCGGGCAACAGCGGAAACCGGGGACCUCCUGGAGAUCACGGAGAUCACGGAAUGAUCGGACACCAGGGUACUAAAGGACCACCAGGGACCAGUGGGAAAACUGAAUGCGAACUGGUACGUUACGUGCGUGACAACUGCGCUUGCUGUGGAGGCCACACCCAGUGUCCGGGUUACCCUACGGAACUUGUGGUUGCAAUGGAUAUGUCCUCUGACGUAACUCCGAGGGCAUUUGAUAGGAUGCGCUCUACAGCCGAGUCUCUGCUAGAGGGCAUCUCCAUCGCUGAGACUGACUGUCCGGUGGGAGCUCGGGUCGCCGUCGUGUCCUACAACAGUCAGACCAGUUAUCUGAUCCGUUUCUCCGAGCAUCAUCGAAAGAACAAGCUGCUGGAGGCGGUCAAGGGAAUCUCUCUGGUGAGGAGCAGGAACCGGCGCGACGUUGGCCAAGCCUUGCGCUUCAUUGCUGAAAACGUCUUCAAACGCGUCCGAAAUGGCAAACUGGUCAGGAAGGUGGUCCUCCUCCUGACGAACGGCGAAUCACAAGACACGUCGUCCCUUGUUGCUGCCAUGAUGAAGCUCAAGGCCUCAAAUAUCGAUCUGGGAGUCAUCACGUUCAACGAUGCUCCAAAUAUUCUCCGUGCCAUCCAGGCUGAUGAGACAAGAAGUUUCAAGGUUUUUAAGGAUGAGGAAUCCAGAAUGAUUAAAGACUGUGUCAUCUGUUUUGAUCGAUGCAACCCAAGCGAGAAAUGCGACAUAAACCUGAACCCUAAGCCCGAGGAAGUGGAUGUGGACUUAACUGUAAUGAUGGACUCAUCAUAUGACCUUCAGGCUUAUCAAUACUCUGACGUGAAGGAGUUCUUGGUUUCUAUGUUAAAAGAAGUAGACGUGAGCAGCGAACCUACUAUAGAGGAUGGGAAGGCCAGGAUCGGUGUGUACCAGCAGAGCUCCGCAUACCCAAACUACCACGUCAAAGAAGUGGUUGGACUCGGAGAGUUCAAAGACCGGGCCGUGAUCGAGAGACGCAUUUCGCAAGACAUGCACCAAGCCGGUGGUUCUCCCCGUCUUGAAUCGGCUCUGGACUGGGCGAUCACCGAUGUGCUCCUAAAAGCACGGGCUCCAAGGAAAAAGCGAAUGAUCCUGAACGUCCUCGGCGAAGACUCUGGGAGGUUCCUAGACAAAGACGAGCUGAAAUACAUCUCCAUGUUGUCGCAGUGUAAUGACAUUGUGAUGGUCACGCUGACUGUGGGAGAAAAAUUCGACUGGAAACAGGUAGAAGGUCUCAGCACACCACCAAUGGAGCAGCACCAUAUACCUCUGGGACAGCUGGGACUCCAGGACCGGAAGUAUGCUCAAAAAUAUUUACGAGCCUUCCUACGCACGCUCACAAGAGAUUUCUUCCCCAAACCUUCUUCUCUAAAUACCGAGUGCAGCACUUUUGUACCAAAGGAUAAAGUUUAUUUGCCUGCUGUUCCUCCAACCAAAAGACAUGAAGAUUUCCCCACGACUGAGCUCACUACUCAACCCUUCACCGAGACGUACACGGAAGCGAGCGCAGACGUUGACCAGGAACCAAUGGUGCCUUUUCCCGAGGUGUUUACAGAGGUAUAUACGGAAGUGUACACCGACGUGUACCAGGAGGAAUACACCGAAGUGUUCACGCUACGCCCGGAGAUAUACACGGAGACAUUUACAGAAGUAUACCCAGCAUAUACGGAAGUGUUCACAGACGUGUACGAGGACGUUUACCAGAACGAGUAUCGGGACCAGCCUCAGAAAGAACGAGUUGAAGCAGAGCAUCAAGUGACGCUGCUGAACGCCGAGACAGAUGAGAAGCAAGAUGGCAAAGACGCUGCACACCAAACCGGGCCUGAUCCCUCGAAGGCUCGAUGCUUGCUGGACAAGGACAUGGGAAAGGUGUGUUCGAACUACGAGUCCAGGUGGUACUACGACCGAAACACUCACAAAUGCAUGCACUUCUGGUACGGCGGCUGUAAAGGGAACGAGAAUCGCUUCCAGACGGAACGCGAGUGCAAGGAGGCGUGCGGGGGAUUAGAUGUUCAAGUUUUUCUCAAAGACGAGCCAUCGGAAGAAACAGGCAACUCACACGCACAAAAGGAACAUCCCACAACGACAAAUGUUUGCCAGCUCGCUGAGGACAUGGGCACAUGCUUCAACUUCAUGCUGAAGUGGCAUUACGACACGUCGAAGGAAGAGUGCAGCCGUUUCUGGUACGGAGGCUGCGGGGGCAAUGGGAACAGGUUUGACACGAAGGAGGAGUGUGAAGUUCGCUGUCUGAGAGCCCCGAAGAAAAUCUGAAGAUGCAUGCCACCUUGUUAUGCUUCAUAGUAUACAGGUUUAAUUUAAUUGUUUUUUUUCACAAAUUUUUGUUCAAAAUGUUUACUUUAAUACACUUCCUGUGGGAAAAAAAAGAGCAGCUCCGAGCAGUAAUCAGGAAGAAAUCCAGUUCCGAACAGAUGCUAUUCUAAUCCAAUAUCCAAUUAUGAGAUUAAUAUGAAAUGCGAUUUGGGAAAAGAUUAUAUUAUAUAGCAAAUAGUAAGAACUGAUUUAUUGAUUGUGUUCCUUGUAAAAAAAAUUAUUGAUGGUCUGGUGUGUAUGAAAAAAAAAAUAAAAUUUCAGACCUUCA